UCAAUUUUCUAGUAAACAAUAUCAUCCAUGCCUAAUUGCUUACUUGUCCUUUAGGACCAAAACAAAACAUGGAAACCUUGACAACACAUCAGGAAGAGUCGUUGGUUUCUGCUGACCAGAAUGAUGAUGUUAUUGAAGAUGAGGGCACUGAGAGCGAGACUGCCUUUCUAGAUGAUAGUCAUCUUGAAGACAAGACAGGUAGAGAUGACGAUUCUUAUUCACAUGAAAAAGAAAAUAAAACUAUGACUGAAAGUGAACUAGGCCAGAAUACUAACAAAGAGGAUGGGGAAGUGAUGAACAAUGUUUCCAUCCAACGAGAGUUUCAAGAGGAAUUACCAACUGAUGAAGUUCAAGGUGACUCUGUAGAAACACCUAAAUCCAAUGUCCAUGAUGAUUCGUUUGAUGCAUCAAACAUUGAGAAUUUGGAUGAUAGUCUUGUUGCUGAGAAGCUUGAAUCGAGUAAUAAGUUAACAGAGAAUCCCAUUGAUUUUAAUAUUAUAGAGUCCUCAGUCAUGGAUGUAAAGUCGGAAAAUCCUGACAUUGAUCACCAAGAGGUAGAUGCUGCAAUAAAUGGGUUAGAUAAAUCCACCUUACCAUCACCCUUGAUUACCCUUCUCGAUUCACAGAGUGAGCAGGUGGCUGAGAAAGUCUCCAUCAGCUCUCAAUCAGAUGUGAUCUUGGAGCCCCAGUUGGCUCACGAAGAGGAUAUAGAAUCUAUUAGCUCAAAAAAAGAUGAUUUUGGCAAUAGUAUGUUGUUCCCAGAAAGGGAAGUUUCAGGUGGUGGAUUGUCUAUUCCAGUUCCAGAAUCAGCAUUGCCUUAUACAUUUGCAAGUGAACAAAAUCAUAUUGAUCAUAAUGAUAACAUUAGGAGAACAAUUUUUGACUCGAUGGAUUUUGAAAAGCUUUCCUCUUCUGCUAGUGUACCUGCUCCAUCUCUACUUUCUCCAGCUUUACAGGCCGUCCCUGGGAAGGUGUUAGUUCCUGCUGUAGUUGAUCAAGUUCAGGGACAGGCAUUAGCAGCGUUGCAAGUAUUAAAGGUUAUUGAAAGUGAUGUUCAUCCUGGUGAUUUAUGUACUCGCCGUGAAUAUGCUCGAUGGUUGGUUUCUGCCAGCAGUGCUCUUUCAAGAAAUACUCUAUCCAAAGUGUACCCUGCAAUGUAUAUCGAGAAUGUAACCGAACUUGCAUUUGAUGACAUUACACCUGAAGAUCCUGAUUUCUCAUCCAUUCAAGGAUUAGCAGAAGCUGGACUCAUUGCCAGCAAGCUCUCCCGACAGGACAUGGAUAUUUCAAAUCAGGAUGAGUGCCCUCUGUACUUUGGUCCUCAAAGCCCUUUAUCUCGUCAGGAUCUUGUGAGCUGGAAAAUGUCCCUGGAAAAAAGACUGCUUCCUGUAGCUGACAGAACGAUCCUUCAACGACUUUCUGGUUUCAUAGACAUUGACAAGAUCAAUCCAGAUGCUUGGCCUGCACUCAUAGCAGACUUAUCAGCAGGAGAACAAGGAAUAGUAGGCCUUGCAUUUGGUUACACGAGGCUCUUUCAGCCAGAUAAGCCUGUGACGAAAUCUCAAGCUGCUAUUGCUCUAGCAACUGGUGAAGCUUCUGAUAUAGUUAGUGAGGAACUUGCACGCAUAGAAGCAGAAUCUAUGGCUGAGAAGGCUGUUGCUGCACAUAGUGCUCUUGUUGAUCAGGUGCAGAAAGAUGUUAAUACAUAUUUCGAGAAGGAUCUUUUGCUGGAAAGAGAAAAGAUAGUUGCUCUAGAGAAAAUAGCUGAAGAGACGAAGCAGGAAUUAGAACGGUUAAGAGCCGAACAAGUGGAACAGAACAUCAAGAUAAUGAAAGAUCGGGCAGCUGUUGAUUCACAAAUGGAAGUGCUUUCAAAGUUGCGGCAUGAAGCAGAAGAAGAGUUGCAGAGCAUUAUGAGUAACAAAGUAGAGAUAUCAUAUGAAAAAGAAAGGCUAAAGAAGCUCCGGACAGAUGCAGAAACCGAGAAUCAGGAGAUCUCACGGUUACAGUAUGAAUUAGAAGUUGAGCGAAAAGCCUUGGCCAUGGCCAGAUCUUGGGCUGAAGAUGAGGCAAAACGAGCAAGAGAGCAAGCAAAAGUCCUAGAGGAUGCUAGAGGCCGCUGGGAGAGCCAAGGCAUUAAGGUCAUUGUAGACAACGAUCUUCGUGAUGAGGCUAACGCUGGACCCACAUGGGUCAGUGGUCAGAACCAGUUUUCAAUCGAAGAAACCAAGAGCCGAGCUGAAAACCUGGUGGACAAACUGAAGGCAAUGGCAGCAGACGUUAAGGGAAAAUCCAGAGAGACAAUUGACAAGGUAAUCGAGAAGAUACUAUUUCUUAUAUCUCAAUUGAAGGAAAUGGCAUCCAAGGCGAUGAGGCAAAUGGGCGAAGUGAAAGAUGGGGCUGUGUCGAAAAUGAGCGGCUCGAUGCAAGAUUUGCAGCAAGGUUCGGUUGGGUUGGUUUCGGCGGCUAAAGAAGGCGCGAAGCGUGUUGCUGGCGAUUGCAGGGAAGGAGUUGAGAAAUUGACACAGAAGUUCAAGACAUGAUGAGUAGUAUGGUGGGUAUUUUUUGUUGUAAUUUUGUAAACCUCACUUGCUCUCCUUUUGUGACUCUGAAUAAUAAUGGUCUUGCAGCUGGUUGUAAGAUGUACUUCUGAAUAGUAUUUGCAGAUAUUGCUACAAUUUUGUGGAGAGAAAUUAAUAGC